AUGGCCGAGAACAAACCCCUCGACUACAUCGUGCGAGGGCUCCAGCUGCUCUUCGCCACCAUUGUCAUGGGAACAGACGGCUACGCUAUUCACGUGUUUCGUGGCCACGAUGACCACGUCGACGCACCCGUCUUUGGCGGCGACGCCACUCUCCACGUCGGCGUCCCUGCUGCGUGGGGCUUCCUGAUGUUCUGUGCCGUCUGGACGGUCCUGGCCGUCGUCUUCCACUUCAUCGAGCUCGGCUUCGCAAACCGCCGGAUGAUUGGCUAUAUUGGUAUCGCCGCCGAGGCUGUGGCUGUCCUCUCCUGGCUCGCCGGCCUCAUUGCGGUGGCUGUCAACGUUUCGACGACCGAUGCCUGCUCGUCGGGACAAAAUUCGUGCGCGGCGCUCAAGGCGGCGACGGCCUUUGGUGCGUUCGAAUGGCUGUUGUUUAUGGUUACCGCAACCUCGGCUGUCAUGUCCUUCUUCAACAACCAGAAACGGGUCAGAUCCUCAUGA